UUUCAACCAACUACACCUUUCGCUGCAGAUCUAAGAGAGCAAACGUCCUCCGAAUAAAUGCCUCCGCCAAUCUGCAAAGGAGGCGCGAACGGUGGUGAUGCUUCGCAUCUUUCGAUACCUGACGCUCUUCUUCGGUUUUUGUCUCAUCCUACUCUGCUACUGCAUACACACAGUCACCAUCCUGUACCACAGCCAGAAUGACAAGGAAAGCGGCUGGCCGGAAAAGCAGGCGAAAGUGCGGGAAAAUUAUAGCGUGAAAAACGUAGUGGCCUACUCCCUGCUCAAGCAGAUCGAGAACGACAGUGAAGAGUUUUUCUGUGACGGGAGUUUCCGGUUCCCGAGGGAUUCUAGUGGAGUGGGGAAAGGAGGUGUGUGGACGAAAGUGGAUGGUACUGAGUUGUAUGUGUUGUCGGUUCACUUCGAUACCAGGCUGAGUCCUUAUCAUUUUGUCAGGAUUAUUGGAAUGACCAGAGGUAUUCCCGCACACAACAUAUACUGCCAAAUUCAGACCAACAACAACACCAACCAUUUUACCAGAGCUGUGAUAACUACAAUAUGGUCAGAAGAAUGGAACAAAAACGACCAUCACAUAUAUCUCGAGCCAGUCCUUCUCUCCUGCAGAGUACCAGAUGUGUUCACACCAAAACUCGUAUCUUUAAGUACAGAACCUUGCGGCACACCCACCAACACUUUCGCCCUGCAAGAGAAAGCCAAUAACAACCUGAACUUCACAAUAUGCGUCAAACCUUUAAUAUUCCAAGAUGACAUAAGCGAGGAGCUCCUGCAAUGGAUAAAAAUCAAUGAAAUUUUCGGAGCUGACAAGAUCAGCAUUUAUUACCACUCGGUGAAUGAGAGAACGAAGAAACUGCUAGAUUGGUUGGAGUGGAACUAUGCAAAAACUGAAGUGAUAUAUUUCGAGCCCAUCGAAGAGGGAAUAAAGUACCCUGAUGAUGGCGUGUUGAUGGAGACCGAAACGGUGUGGCAGAGACGAAAAUACGAAGUGGCCGCUUACAACGACUGCUUCUACAAAAACCUACACUCGGAUUACAUUAUCCCUUUGGAUAUAGAUGAGAUAAUUGUGCCCAAACAAGAAAAUAAUUGGAAAGAUUUAUUUGCUACCAUAUCGGGCGCUUUGAAGGAUCAUUUUGCAUCUUUCAGCGUUCGAAACGCCUAUUAUUUCCGAGAAGACGAUAAUAAAACAGAAAGUGAACCAGUUUUCUUCUUCAGAUACAGAUCGCGAAGCAAAUUGAGCGGUAAAGAGGAAUCUGGAAAGAGCUUCAUAUCGUCCAGGAAUAGUCUGACUGUUUUUAACCAUUAUACACUGGACGCGUUGAGACCGGGAGUGGGCAGGACAUAUUUUAUGUCGAGCGGCAAGGUGCAGCUGAACCACUAUAAAAAAAAUUGUUCGAUUGUGAUAUUACCAGAGUGUGAGAAGUACAUUUCUAGUCAAAGAUUUGUUGAUUCUGUUAUAUUUAAGUACAGAGAAGAUUUUCGAAGUGAUUAUAUUAAUUUAACCAACCAUUUGAAGUCUCUUAAUGUGUUAUAAAUAAAUUGAACCC